AUGGUGCCGCAUGACAAUGACGACUUGGAAGCCCUAUUCGCCUAUACUUACCCAACGAGCAAUGAGCACAACAGCAACGAAAACCCACAGGCCUACGCCUACCUGACGUCAGUGAUGCAUCUCAGCGACGGUUUCAAAGAGAAAAUCUUGCAAAGUUACGACUUGGACACCCGAUGGCGCCUAGUGCGCGAGGGAUUACAAGCUAAUGAUGCCGACUCCACACCAGCGAAACUCCCUCCAAUUUCAACACCAGCCCCCGCCGUACCAAGAGCCACGCCUUGCACCCCAUUCGUUUCGUCGACGUUCUACACAACCAUGGGCAAGCUUCAGGUCGGAUGUCAUGAACACUUAAUGCUCAGACCUGGAGCCAAGAACAUAUCGACUCCCGGAUAA